CUGGAGGUUGAAGAGUGAUCCCUGUGUCCUCAGUGCCCUGCCAGAGGAAAGGAAGCCUAGAGAAAGCUUCUCUGUGGUGUGGUACAGCCCAGGACACAGCUGUGAGUGGCCAAGUGACGGGGUGACACUGUCUUGCUGCCAGCCUGGCCCCAUCCCCAUCCCACUGCCAGCACCACGGCCAUCCCCUUUGUCCCCUGCCAAUGCCAGCAGGUGGAGGCUGCACGCCCGAUCGCUGCCCUGGCAUCCCAAGCGUGAGACCAAUCUGUGUGCCCCGCCGACUCCUGCGGGACAGUGGCCAUGGGGGCCGCUCUCUCCACUGGAGCGGUCGUGGCAAUUUCUUUUAACUGUGUCAUCGCRUUGCUCAUCAUCAUCCUCUUCCUCAUCCUCUGCAAAGCCUGCAGGACGCCCUCGUGUCCCAAGAAGACCCCAGCUUCUGAUGUGGAUGAGUCAAAGAAYGAAGAGAAGUACCUGCUGCAGCCCUGAUCUGCCUGGGGCCUUGGGUGUCCGGCUGUGCCCAAGGAGUUGUGCCAGACUGGAUGCCUGUGCUGGACUGGGCAUGAUGAAAGCUGAAGGGACACCAAACUGCUGGCGGAGGCUGUGACAGGGGACACAGUCCUUCGGCUUCGUGGUUUUGGUGUGUGAAGCUCCCGGAAUGCCCACGGUGUUGAUGGGGAUGCAGAAGCAACUGAUGGGGAUAUGUUACAUGGACAGCCAUGCCUGUCCCAGYGGCCAGUGAGCACAGCAGGAGCCUUGCCUUCAAGUGCACCCCAUGUUUGGGAAGAGCUYGUGGGCUCCUCUGUGUUGCUCACUGGCCUGGGACAGUGGCCACCACAUCGCAGACCUGAGCAAGGCUGGCURGAGGCGCAGAGAGGGGAGGUUCCAGGCUGGGCUGCUCCAUGGCAGGGUGUGCCCAGCGGGACCCCAGCCCUGCCAACAGAGCAUUCCAUAUGUUUGGGGGUGGCCCUGUGUGCCGUGUGCCCUCAGCCUCAGGAGGGCAUUUGGCACAUGUCUGCCCAAGCAGGGGGUUUAAUGAGGCACAAGAGGGCCUGCAUGGUGUGCCUGAUCRUCCCCUGCCUGUCUGUCAGUCCCCUCCAGCAUUAGCACUAACGCUGCUAGGCAAAUGACCCUCCUCCUCCUCUCUGAGUGCGUGUCCCUGCCCUCCCUCCUGCCUGCUCCCAGCCRAGGCCAGCCAGUGGGAUUUGACCUGCCCUUGCUGGCAUCCCCAUCCCCACAGAGAGCAGCCCCUGGUGUGGCUUUUUUCUGGGGAGAUGGGAGACAUGGGGAGAUGAGGGUGCCUGGACAAACAGCUUUGAAGGUUUUUUGACCCUUCCUGUUCCCUGGGGAUCUCAGUGGCUCUGUGGAGAGGGAUGCUGUCAUCUGGCUUGUCUGCAAGCCUGGCAGCUGCAUCCCCCRCCCUGCCAGCGGGUGCUGUGGGUUUUGGAGGGCUCUGCCUUGCCUUUCCUAGAGCCGAGCAAUAGCCACAGUCACCGCCGGCACAGCCACUGCAAUAAGGGGACAGAAGGGUGUGGGGUAGGAGGGAUGCCAGCCAGGGUCCCUGCACAGGCUUGGCCAGGCCUGGCAGAGCCUGUGGCUCCUCCCCGUGUCAGGUGUAGCAAACACAUCCCUUUGCAGCCUUGUUUUUACUAGACUAAUAAACAGAUUGUAGG